UUAACCUGGUGACUAGGGUCGGAAAAGAAACAGAGGGACUAAGAGAGAGAGAGAGACAGAGAGAGGAGGCCUGGAUGGUAAACACGGUUCAACGUUACACAAUAUAUCAAGGUGACAAGAAGAGGAAGGGAGGCGAGGCAAGGAGAGCCACUAUCAGGGAACCUUUGAACUUUGAGCAGCCAAUGGAGAGGGCUCACUCUCUUGCUUCUGCCUGUGAGCUUGAGACAAUGAGGUGACAGUCGCUGGCAGGGAGUCAAGCAGAGACUGUGCAGUCAAGCUGCUCGCCUUCCCACAGGCUGUGGCUCUGCCAUAUGGCUAGGUUUUGUUUGUUCCCCGCUUCGUGGCACUUCAGUGUGUCUCCCGUGAACAGCUCCGCUAGGCAGAGGGCUGGGCUCACAGCUGCCGUCCUCGCACUGUGUCUGCUGCUCACCUUCGUCUUCACAAGAUUUUACCAUUGGAGGCCGCUGCCUGUCAACAAAGGACUGGAAAGGUACCUGGCGAGGAUGGAAGACAUGGAGGCGACCGACACGGAAAAUCCAGACCUGAAUUACGGAGUGAUCGUCGACUGUGGCAGCAGCGGCUCCAGAGUGUUUGUGUAUUUCUGGCCCCGGCACAACGGGAAGCCUCACGAUCUGCUGGACAUCAAGCAGAUGAAGGACAGCAACAGGAAGCCAGUGGUGAAAAAGAUCAAGCCAGGGAUCUCAACCCUGGCUUUCAGCCCAGAAAAAGCCAGCGAUUACCUCCGCCCGCUCCUGAGUUUUGCUGCCAGCUAUGUACCUACCCCGAAGCAUAAGGAGACACCCUUGUACAUCCUCUGCACCGCUGGAAUGAGGCUUCUACCUGACAGCCAGCAGCAGGCCAUUCUCAGGAACCUGUACACAGACGUUCCCCUGGAGUUUGACUUCCUGUUUUCUGACUCGCACGCAGAGGUGAUAUCUGGUAAACAAGAAGGAGUUUACGCCUGGAUUGGAAUCAACUUUGUUCUCGGACGAUUUGAUCAUAUUGAAGACGAAGAAGAUGCUCUGAUGGCAGUGACCGUUUCCAGCAAUCCCAAGCAGGAACCCGUCGUACGGAAACAGACGGUGGGAAUCCUGGAUAUGGGUGGGGCCUCCGUCCAGAUCGCCUAUGAAGUCACAGCUCCAGUGACAUUCACCUCUCAAGAGCAGGAAGAAGCUGCCAAAAACGUACUGGCGGAGUUUAACCUGGGCUGUGACUCCCAGCACACCCAGCAUGUCUACCUUGUCUACGUGGCCACCUUCCUGGGCUUCGGGGGUAAUUACGCCCGUCAGCAUUACGAGGACCUCAUUUUCAAUCAGACCAUCAGCACGAACAGGCUGACCGGGAAACGUACAGGUCUGAGUGCCGAAGCCCCGAUUCCGGACCCCUGCCUCUCCAUCGAGUCCGUCGACACCAUCGAGAAGGAGGGCCGCUUGAUGCAUCUGAGAGGCACGGGGGAGUUUGACGUGUGCCGGGCGCUGGUCAGGCCCUUCCUCAACAAGGGCAACGAGACGGGCGGCGAGGCUCUGAACGGCAUGUAUCUAUCGCCCGUGGACUUCCAGAGGAGCGAGUUCUAUGGCUUCUCGGAGUUCUAUUACUGCACUGAGGAUGUACUGCGCAUGGGAGGGCAGUACCACAGCACCCGCUACCUCAGGGCAGCCAAGGAUUACUGUGCCACCAAAUGGACAACGUUAAAAGAACGCUUCGAACUCGGCCUGUUCUCAUCUCACGCUGACCUUCACCGAUUGAAGUAUCAGUGCUUCAAGUCAGCCUGGAUGCAUCAAGUGCUACACGGAGGCUUCAACUUCCCAGCCAACUACUCCAACCUGAGGACUGCCCAGCUGGUCUAUGACAAGGAGGUGCAGUGGACACUGGGAGCAAUUCUUUACAAGACACGGUUUCUGCCUCUCAGGGAUCUCCGGCAGGAAAAUCUCAAGCCGAACCACUCCAGCCUGCUCCGCUUCUCAUUCGUCAACAACCACUACCUGCUCUUUGCCUGUUUCUUUGUCGUCCUGUUGUCCAUCAUCCUGUACAUCCUGCGUCUGCGUCGCAUCCACAGACGAGCUCAGCAGGAGCUGCUGUGGGUGGAGCGAGGAGAAGCUUCGAGCGGAGAGACGUGACGAGCCCUGGGCGAAGAGAACACGAGAGAGAGAGAGCAGAGCGGAGGUGAAUGUUCAGUUGGAGAGGACGUGCUGAAAGCCUUGAAAGGUGUUGGUGUUCCAGAAAAUAUUUCUCUUCACAAUGAUCCCAGUCUCUUGUUCAAAACAUUCCAGUCUCUUCAAAAUGGUCCCAGUCUCCUCUGCAAAUUUAUUCCCAAUUUCUUCACACAUUCCAGGUCAGAGUUGGCCCUACCUAGCUUUGAAACGCUCAACCAAAUUACACCAGUGUUCCCCUGGCCAAAGUCAGCUGAGGUAAUCAGUAUAGGGUUAGACCUACACUGCUUCCCAACCUCAUGAUUGUCAUUCCUGGUCAGUCCAGACACUCUCUUUCCUAUCCCACAGCCCAGACUACCCACCCACUAAUUUUUUAAAGCUGUGACCAAAUUUGUCAGCCUGAUGCAGCAGCACUCGUGCCCCUGAGUCAAGGUAGUUGGAUCAAAUCCCACAUCAGGAUGUGAACUCGCAGAAUUUUAGCUGAUGUUAGUAUUAUUGCAAAUAUGCAAGUAUUAUAAUAAUUAUUAAUAACUAAAUGUGAACUAAAAAAUUAAAUGUUGAAAAGGUAAACUAAAAGACAGAACCACGCUGAAGUAAUUAAAUAUGCAGAAGAGGCAUUAUGUGAAUUGCGAGUUGUACAUUACUAACCUUGAGGAUUCAGGAGCCUGUCUAGUUUCAUUUUGAAACACUUUCUAGUUUCCUGUUCUACUAUGCUGGCUUGUUCUCCACAAAUAACUGAUCUCCUUUUUACCCUUUAACUUUCUCUGUACUUCCUAUUUGCAUUUGUUUUCUCUGGCCACUUGUUCCUCAAUUUUCUACACAGCGGGGAACAUGUGUGCGUCCAAAUCUUUCCAAGUCCUAUCUAUUUUAAACAUUUCUAUCUCUUCACACAUUCCCUAAUGG